CCUUCUCUCCUCCUUCGCUCUCUCCUCCAAUGCCGCUUCCCCCCGCCUGCCUCUCUUUCUCCUCUGCCUCCGGAGCGGAGGACCACACCUCCUCCACCGCCGGUGACCCGACCACUCCUCCUCCUCCUCCCCCACCGCCACUGCGGACCCUCCACCUCUCCUCCUCCACUGCCUCCGACUCCAGCUCCUCCUCCGACGGCCCCGGCGUCACCAGCUCCUCGGCCGACGACUCCGCCUCCCUCCUAACCCUGCCCUCCAUACACUCCCUCGCCCCCUCCCUCCUCGACCACCCUCCCUUCUCCGCCUCCUUCGUCUGCCUCUCCUCCUUCCAGACCGCCGGUGGCGCCGCCGCCGUCGCCGUCUCCACCCCAACCCUCCUCCUCUACUUCGCCUCUGCCGCCGAGAUCUCCGUCUACGACCUCGCCUCCCUCUGCCGCCUCGACUCCUUCCCGGCCGCCCCUGCCGCCGGCUCCGUCAAGUCCGUCGCCUUCUCCCCCGACGGCCGCGCCUUCACCGCCCACCAAGACGGCCUGAUCCGCGCCUGGAGGCGCUCCCCCCGCUCCGGCCGCCAUCGUCUCGUGGCCUCCCUCCCCACCGCCAUCGACCGCCUCCGCCGCCUCCCCCUCCCCUCCAACUACAUCACCGUCCGCCGCCACAAGAAACUGCUCUGGAUCCAGCAUGCCGAUGCCGUCUCCGCCGUCGCCGCCGCCGGCGGCCUCCUCUACUCCGUCUCCUGGGACAAAACUCUCAAGGUCUGGCGCGCCUCCGACCUCCGUUGCAUCGAGUCCGUGGCGGCGCAUGACGACGCCAUCAACGCCGUCGCCGUCGCCGCCGACGGCACCGUCUACACCGGCUCGGCCGAUCGGAGGAUCCGGGUUUGGGUGCGGUCGCCGGGGGAGCGGCGGCACGGGCUGGUGGCGACGCUGGAGAGGCACCGAUCGGCGGUGAACGCGCUCGCCGUGAGCGGCGAUGGCGCGGUGCUCUACUCGGGGGCCUGCGACCGUUCGAUCUUGGUGUGGGAGAGGGAAGAUAGCGCGAAUCAUAUGGUGGUCGCCGGGGCGCUCCGCGGACACCAGAAGGCGAUCCUGUGCCUCGCGUGCGUGGGGGAUUUGGUGUUUUUUGCAGGGUCACGUGAGCGGGGUGAGGUCGCUGGUGGCGGUCCGGGUGCCGGCGGCGGCGGCGGCGGCGGCGGCGGCGGAGGGAGUGGGGGAGGAGGAGUACCGCGUUUGUAGUGGGAGUUUGGAUGGGGAGGUGAGGGUUUGGCGGGUUCGGGUUUGGAAUCACCAAGAAGUGGAAGCAAAACAAGCUUUGUUGUAGGUGUUUUUUCCUUGUCUUACCAUAAUUAUAUAUAUAUAUAUAUUGAUAUUUUUCUGGUCGUGAUGAUAGUGGUGCAAAUUAAGGAGGUUUUUUUACUUCUUAUUCUUCUCAAAUGUUGGGUAGAGUGGGGUCAAAAUUAUAAACCAAACUCUCAACAAGUUUGAGCUGAUUUUCACUUGUUUUAUAACUAAAUUAAGUUGAAUUUUGAGGCAGAUGAAGGUUGUAAAUGAACAACUUGCUUAAGAACAAGAUGUCAAAGGGAUUUAAUAA